GCGGAGGCGAGGCUGCAGCAGAGCGCCUCGCGCAUGAGCAGCAUGGCCAUCGGCCGGCUCCGGCAGACGCAGGGCUUUGGCAGCGAGGUGGAGCUGGCGCUCCGGAUGCUGCAGGCGGGCUCGCUGCACAAGCUGCUGGGGACCGACCUCGCCUCCGCCCUCGCGCCGCACGCGGACAAG